UCUCUCUCUCUCUCUCUCUCUCUCUCUGGUCCCACAGGCAGCUGGAUGGAAUAGCAUACCUCCUUUCUCGCACAUGCCGGGAGAGGAGCCACAGCGGGACUACACACAGGCUCAGACUAGACGAGCGCAGAGCUUAGCAGAGUAGACCCGCGUCGACGGGGGAGCUGGGACCGGACAGGGAAAGAGCCAGAGGGAAUUCUGGUCCAGGUGUAGCUCCUCAGCACUGAAGUCAUGGGCAGGUCAGUGGGGUCUGUGGUUGGGCUGGAGACAGUGGGGUGCUCGGUCCUCCCUCUCCUCCUCAUCGUCACCUUCAUCUCUGCACUCUCCCCUCCGCAGCCUAGAGUCUUCCUUCCCUUUAAAGAGCUGCAGACCACUCAGUCCUUUGAGUUCUACACUCUGUCAGAGAAGGCCAUGGACUACCGGAUCCUCUAUAUGGAUGAGGAUCAAGACCGCAUGUACGUGGGCUGCAAAGACCAUGUGCUCUCAAUGGACAUCAACAACAUCACCCAGGGAACGCUGAAGAUACAGUGGCCGGCAUCCAGCAGUAAGAUAGAAGAAUGUCAGAUGGCCGGAAAAGACCCCACACAUGGCUGCGGGAACUUCCUGCGGGUUACUCAGCCCUAUAACAGGACUCAUCUGUUCAUCUGUGGCAGUGGAGCCUACAGCCCUGUGUGCGCGUACGUGAACCGCGGCCGGCGGCCCGAGGAGAAGGUGUUUCAUAUCGCCUCACGGGCAGAGUCGGGGAAAGGAAGGUGUUCCUUCAGCCCACGAGUCAACACCGUCUCCAUCAUGCUUAAUCAGGAGCUGUUCUCCGGCAUGUACAUCGACUUCAUGGGGACGGAUGCAGCCAUCUUUAGGAGUCUGACCAGCAAGAAUGCGGUGCGGACAGACCAGCACAACUCCAAAUGGCUGAGCGAGCCCGUGUUUAUCGAUGCCCAUCUGAUCCCAGAUGGAUCGGAUCCAAACGAUUCCAAACUUUAUUUCUUCUUCCGAGAGAGGCUGACGGAUAACAGUGGCAACACCAAGCACAUCCACACCAUGGUUGCACGAGUUUGCCCGAAUGACACGGGUGGCCAGCGCAGUCUGGUGAACAAAUGGACCACUUUCCUAAAGGCUCGCAUGGUGUGUUCUGUUCUGGAGGAGGAUGGCACAGAAACUCACUUUGAUGAGCUUGAGAGUGUGUUUCUACUGGACACCGAUGGACCGAAGGGGCUCCUGAUAUUUGGAGUGUUCACCUCUACAAGCUCUGUGUUCAAAGGCUCAGCGGUGUGCGUGUACAGCAUGGCCGACAUUCUGAUGGUGUUCAACGGGCCGUUCGCCCACAGGGAAGGGCCGAACUUCCAGUGGGUAGCGUUCCAAGGACGCAUUCCGUAUCCCCGGCCGGGAACUUGCCCUGGUGGUGCCUUCACGCCUCACAUUCGGAGCACCAAAGAGUUUCCGGAUGAUGUGGUGACGUUCAUGAGGAACCACCCAGUCAUGUUUAAUCCCAUCUACCCCAUGGGUCGACGCCCUCUGGUGGUCCGGACGCACGCUGACUACAAGUACACCUCCAUCGCUGUCGACCAGGUGACCGCUGCCGAUGGCCUCUACCAGGUCCUCUUCCUUGGCACAGACAAAGGCACGGUGCAGAAGGUUGUGAUGCUGCCCACAAACCGCUCCGUAAGCUUGGAUCUGAUCCUGGAGGAGCUGGAAGUGUUUAAGAACAACGCUGCCAUAACCAACCUAAGAAUUUCCUCUAAGAAGCAACAGCUGUACGUGAGCUCCGAAUACGGCGUGUCCCAGGUGUUGCUGCACCGUUGCCAUGCCUACGGUUCGGCGUGUGCGGAUUGCUGUUUGGCCCGAGACCCGUACUGCGCAUGGGACGGAGUGAGCUGCUCUCGGUUUUACCCGACUGGCAAGAGGAGAAGCAGAAGACAGGAUAUCAUGUUUGGAAAUCCUUUGACUCAGUGCCGGGGGUUCAAUCUGAAAGCCUACAGGAAUGCGGUGGAGAUGUCCCAGUAUGGGGUGAAGAACAACACCACCUUUCUGGAGUGCCUGCCCAAAUCGCCCCUGGCCUCUGUCCGAUGGCUCAUCCAGAAGGACAACGACCGCAGGAAAGAGGUGAAACAGAGCGAGCGCGUGGUGAACACCGAACACGGCCUUCUGAUCAGGACAGUGCAGCUUUCGGACCAGGGCCUGUACCAUUGCCUGGCCACAGAGAACGGCUUCAAACGCACGCUGGCUAAGAUCCACCUGCGUGUGCUGAGCGAGGCCCUGGUGAGCGCGCUCAGUGAGAAGCGGCCCACGACGUGGGGCUGGCCGCCCGGCACGCACCCCAAGGCCCUGGCGUCCGGAUUCAGCCCCGCCGAGACGCUGGCCGUGCAACAGUACUGCAAGGAGCGCAAGCAGGUCCAGAGUGUGCAGGGGUCAGCCCGAGGAGACCUGGCCAAGCUCAAACCACUGCUGGAGCACGGAAAGAGCCGCAACCGCCGGAACCACCUGCCCAAGGAGUAGGAGGCGGGAGGGAGGAGCAGUUGGAAAGAGAGGGAAGAGAUGGAGAGAGGAGGAGUGUUGGGGAGGAGGAGAAAUGUGAAGAGUAAAGCAAAUGUAAAGACUGCCCAUGAAAAGGACAGAAGAGGAGAGGAGAAACUCCUCUAAUAUGAACCUCUUUUUUGUGUUGAUCUAUGAACUUCCAGCACCUUAUCUUGGGUGUUUUUGUAUAGUCCUCUAAAGUGCAUGAGGUACGCUGACCAGAUGACUGUGAUGCACCACACAUACACUCCUACACGUACUCUCACACACACACACACACACACACACACACACACACACACACACACACACACACACACACACACACACACACACAUACAUAUACAUGUACAACACAAAAACUAAAGCUCACUCAUGCAGUUUUAUCCUGUCUUAAGAAAGUAUCCCAAGGAACCCCGGCGUGGUGAUAUUUCAGUCACAGCUGUAUUCGAAACUUCCACUAGUUUAAUACGAUGCACAUGUUCGCACAAAUUCCAUGACUGGCUCCAUGGAAAUUUCAGCAGAAUAACACAUCCAGCUGUAUUAAUGACCCUGGCGUAGGUCGUGCAGAUGCAACACAUGCCACGUCGCUGAAGGUGCAUGCUACUCACAUGCUUGGACCGGCCAUGGCGGGCGGACAGCAGCCUCUCUGCCAUCUGCGUUCAGACCACGUGCUUCCGCUCCUGGUGGAGCUUACCGUACGCGGCAGGUGCGUGAGAGUGGGAAGUUAUAUCAACUUUUUACGCUGCAGGACCUCAGAUCAAACGACAUGGUUAGAUUUUAAAAAAAUGAAAAUAAAACAUGUGGCUUCCUGUUCUGGUGUUAAUUAACUGAGUUCAAAAUGUACAGGGCAGUGCGCACCUUCUCAUCUUUAUGUCGAGAGGAUUCUUUCUUUUCUCUACGGUGAAAACCUGCUUUUACUAUAUACACGGGUCUUCUUGUCUCGCAGAAAGGGUUCCCUGAAAAUGUUUUAUUGGAAUUGGGAGAGUAGGCUGGGCAGGGAGACAAAGGGAGACAAAGAGAGAGAGAGAGGGGGAGAGAGAGAGAGAGAGAGGGGGAGAGAGAGAGA